AUGCCUACCAUAUCGGCACUGCCGACAGAGCUCGUCAUCUUCGUGCUCGAUAACCUCGACCGCUUGAGGGACCUGGCUGCACUUGCCAGGAUCAACCGAAGGCUAUACGAUGUGGUGAACCCUAUCCUUUACAAGCGCGCAGUAUCGCGCGACUUUCCCUACCCCCUCGAGUGGGCAGCACACAACGGCGUGGUCGGGACCCUGUUAAAGGCCCUUGACUCUGGUGCAGAUCCCAACCACGAGUUCCACCAAUGCACAUCAUCCAGGGAGUGGAGAAAGGCUCUUACUCAACGAGGCCAGCUUCACCCGGGCUGGGAUGCCGCAAGUGUCUGCGAUUCUAGAAGCACUUUGCUGGCCGGUAGCAACGACAGCUCCUACGGUGUUCAAAGUACGGCAUAUGACGACGAUGAAUCCAUGUCGGAUUACACGGAUGACGGCGACAACUAUACCGACCAUGAACCCAUGUUCUAUUCGCCUACCCUCGAUGGUGACGGCCGUAGCGUUGGUCGCAGCGACGAUUCUGAUGGUUCGGGAAGAUGGACCCAAACCAAGUUCGGCCGCAGGUACACUGCCCUCCAUCUCGCCGCUAGAGCGGGCCACAUCGGAGCCAUCAGCACUCUGCUCGAACGCGGUGCCCGGAUGGACGUAGUGGCCAAACAGUUCUGUUCUUGCUGGCGAGAAUAUGGCAUCUUGACUUCGAUGGAAGGCACCGCCUCAAUCGAUGGACUCUACAUUCCGGGCUGGACGCCUCUCCAUGUCGCCAUCUGUCAUGGCCACGAACAGGCUGCGAUCAAACUUUUGGCCAGUGGAGCACCGAUCUACAUGGAGCUUUUUCCCCCGUGGGAGAAUUCGGGCUUUCUCGAGUAUCCUGCUACGGCCCUCCACCAUGCUGCCGCCAUGGGCCUUGUUCAUGUCAUUCGAUAUCUGGUGGACGUUGGACUGCAGACAGACAUCGAUGUGCGCGACAAUAAGACCCUUACUCCCUUUUACUACGCCUACGCAUAUCGCCGCUGGGACUCUACCGUGCCGCUGCUGCUCAAUCUCGGCGCCAACAUCAACGUCGAUAUUGACAUAUUCCUGCCCUACUCAACCAUCUCACCACUGGGUGAGGCUUGCCGCGUCGGAAACUACGAGGAUGCAGACAGGUUGAUCGAGCUCGGCGCCGACGUCAACCGUGGCUACAUUGCAACCAAUAUCGGCAAUGGCUUGACCCCCCUCCACAUGUGCGCUAUGCCUCCGGCCAAAGGCCAUCGCUUUGCUAUGCUUUCCGCAGGAGGAGCCAACAUUUCAGAAGAGCCGGAAACGCGCGAACAGGAAUACACAAAAGCAGUGAAGCAUGGCUUGGAUCGGAUGCGAACGAUCGAGAAACUAGUGGCUCACGGAGCAGCCCUGGAGACAAGAGAUUGCCCAGGCGACACACCGCUCAUCGCGGCAGUCCAGCACUUCAACGUGCCGGCCAUCAAGGCCCUGAUCAAAGCAGGCGCCGACAUCCACGCCACCAACUCUCGUGGCCGAAAUGUCCUCAUGCAAGCCAUCGAUGGCCCUCCCUUGCCCAUCUCCUCCAUGUCACCACGUGUGAACAUCAAUACCCUCAGCCGCGUCCUCCGCGAGCUUCUCAAUAACGGCGCCAGGAUCGACCACAGAGACAACCAAGGCAACAAUCUCCUGCACGUAAUCUGCAAAUGCUCCCAAGAGCGGCUCACCCCCGACCUCCAGUGCGACAUCCUCCGUCUCGUCCUCAACAUCCCCGGCGCCGCAGCCCUCAUGCAGGCCCGAGAAGACUCGCACGAGUCUCUCACCCCGCUCAUGGUGGCCUUUAUGGAAGGCCGACUCAUGUGCUGCGACGUCCUCGUCCGCCGCGGAUGCUGGGGUGGGGACAGUAACCCCCAGCGGAAGGAAGACCUGGCGUGGAUGGCCAACCGGUGCUAUCUCCGCAACAACAACCCCGACCAGCACCUAAUGCAUUUCCUCCUGGACCUGGACGUGGACGGAUACCUGGCUACAGACCCGCAGUUUGCCGCCUAUAUCCUGCAUGACCUUGAGCGGGGCUGGGUUCGUCACUCGGGAGACGAUCUGUUUGAUCCCCAGCGCCCUGUGACCUUCCUGGGCGAGCGGCUGUAUAAUCGCUCUAUUCUGCUGCGGGGGCUGGACGAGUUGGAUGAGGAUGUCUUGGGGAAACCCAAGGAGGACGUGAAGGCGUGUAUUAUGGAUGAUCCGUUUGGAUGGGCGCGGCCGCUGCCUGAUCCUAGUUGGUAG